ACACUCCGAAGAAUAAUUGGCGCAUUUUUUCCCACACAGUAGUAGUAGUUAAUUAGUUCAUUCCCACGCACGCUCCUAUUUCUCAAAAGCGCACGAUACAUCUACUUUCUCUCUCUACAUUUUCUCUCUCUAUACGACAACAAACUGGUGCAUAUGCCACCAUCCUCACCCUCAUAAAUUCCAUUUCUUUCCUGAAAAAUCAUCUCCCCCAAACCCUUUACUUUUCUUGUAUAUGGGGGCUGGUUUUUCUGGUUUUGCGGUGGAGAGUAUUGGAGCUCAGACUUCGUUGAAUUCGGGUUUCGAAGACUUGCCGGAGAGAUGUUUGGCUUUGAUUCUCACGUGUUUGGACCCUCCGGAGAUCUGUAAAUUGGCGCGUUUGAAUCGAGCGUUUCGACGAGCUUCGUCGGCGGAUUUUGUUUGGGUAUCCAAGUUGCCUGAAAAUUAUGAGGUUCUUGUGAAGAAGGUGUUCGAUGAAAGUCCAGAGAGUUUAAGUAAGAAAGAGAUUUAUGCCAAGUUGUGUCAUCCUAAUCGCUUUGAUGGUGGCACCAAGGAAGUUUGGAUGGAGAAGAGGGACGGUGGGAUUUGUGUUUCAAUUUCUUGGAAGGGAUUGAAAAUAACGGGUAUAAAUGAUCGACGGUACUGGAAUCACAUCUCAACCGAUGAAUCCAGAUUCCAAACAAUCGCAUAUCUUCAACAGAUAUGGUGGUUAGAAGUAGAUGGAGAGAUAGAAUUCGAAUUUCCGGCAAGGUCGACCUACAGCCUCUUCUUCCGGCUCCAGCUCGGAAGAGCCACAAAAAGACUCGGCCGACGAGCCUGUAACCUCGAGCAGGUCCACGGCUGGGACAUCAAGCCCGUCCGGUUCCAGCUAUCGACCUCGAACGGACAGCAAGCCAUUUCCCAGCGUUAUAUGAAUGAUCCAGGAAAGUGGGUGCAUCACCAUGUGGGAGAUUUCACGGUUGAGGACUCGAACACACCUACAAAGAUUAAGUUCUCAAUGACACAAAUAGAUUGCACACACACUAAAGGUGGUCUCAGCUUGGACUCUGUGUUGAUCUGUCCAAGUGAGGUUGGUGAGAGUUUAAAGAAGGUUUGAUACUAGUUAGCUUAGUUGAUAGUGAUUUAUAUGUUUUUAGCUUCAAUCCUUUUUUUUUAUGCCCACAUUGACACUUGUAUAUCUCAAUACAUGUGUGUGUAAUGAAGUUAACUUGGUAGGUAGUUGAUUGUGCGAGGCAGAAAGCAGAUAGGUCUAUUUUUUGUGGUCUAGUAGUACCAUUUGUUUUUUAAGCAAAAAUAAUUUGCUUGUCUUUGCUUUUGUAUUUUUCACAUUAUGUGGUUGUUUUAUAUCAUAAUUCUAUUGGGUAGUGUA